AAGGAGAAGGAAGUCGCAGCGAAAUUGAUCCGCUCACGUGAAAAGUCGAGCAGUCCGAAGAAGAAAGCCAACGACACUUCGGACGAUGACAACAAAAGGACGAGAAAGUUCAAGGAAGGGGAGAAGGUCGAAGCGCAGUACAAGGGCAAGUCCAAGUUCUACCCUGGCGUAAUUGCAAGAGCUCGAUUGAAUGGUACCUAUGACAUCGACUACGACGACGGCGAGAAAGAAAAGGAAGUUGCCGCCGACCUCAUUCGAUCCAAGGAGAAAGCGAGUCCUAAGAAGAAAUCGUCGAAUGACUCUACUGAUGAUGCGAAGCCCACGAAGUUCAAGGAGGGCGAGAAGGUCGAAGCGCAAUACAAAGGCAAAGCUAAGUUCUUCCCUGGUGUGGUCUCGAGAGCUAGGCUCAACGGCACGUACGACAUUGACUACGACGACGGCGAGAAGGAAACGGGAGUGGCGGCGGAGCUCAUUCGCUCCAAGGACAAGUCAAGCCCUAAGAAAAAAUCAAGUGACUCCGAUGACGAUAAGAAGUCCAAGAAAUUCAAGGAGGGUGAGAAGAUCGAAGCCCAGUACAAAGGCAAGGCCAAGUAUUACCCUGGUGUGAUCUCGAGAGCUCGACUUAAUGGCACGUACGAUAUUGACUACGACGACGGCGAGAAGGAAAAGGAAGUUGCUGCCGAACUCAUUCGGUCCAAGGAGUUGUCAUCACCCAAGAAAAAGAAAUCCGACGACACGUCUGAAGACGACAAGAAGCCCAAAAAGUUCAAGGAAGGCGAGAAGGUCGAAGCCCAGUACAAGGGCAAGGCCAAAUUCUACCCAGGGGUUAUUUCAAGGGCGAGGCUCAACGGCACCUACGACAUCGACUACGACGACGGGGAAAAGGAAACUGGUGUCGCAGCGGACCUCAUUCGCAGCAAGGACAAGUCAAGCCCGAAGAAAAAAUCAAACGACUCUGACGACGACAAGAAGUCCAAGAAGUUCAAAGAAGGUGAGAAGGUCGAGGCGCAGUAUAAGGGCAAGUCCAAGUUUUACCCCGGAAAGUUCAAGGAAGGCGAGAAAGUCGAGUGUCUGUACAAAGGCAAGUCCAAGUACUUCCCUGGCGUGAUUGCACGGGCGAGGUUGAACGGCACAUACGACAUUGACUACGAUGAUGGCGAGAAGGAGAAGGAAGUCGCAGCGAAAUUGAUCCGCUCACGUGAAAAGUCGAACAGUCCAAAGAAGAAAGCCAACGAUACCUCGGACGACGACAACAAAAGGACGAGAAAGUUCAAGGAAGGGGAGAAGGUCGAAGCGCAGUACAAGGGCAAGUCCAAGUUCUACCCUGGCGUCAUUGCAAGAGCUCGAUUGAAUGGUACAUAUGACAUCGACUACGACGACGGCGAGAAAGAAAAGGAAGUUGCCGCCGACCUCAUUCGAUCCAAGGAAGCCUCCUCCCCCAAGAAGAAGAAACCCGCUGAUACUUCUGACGAUGAGAAGAAGCCCAAGAAAUUUAAGGAGGGCGAGAAAGUUGAAGCGCAAUACAAAGGCAAAGCCAAGUUCUACCCUGGGGUUAUUUCGAGGGCAAGGCUCAACGGCACGUACGACAUCGACUAUGACGACGGCGAGAAGGAAACGGGAGUGGCGGCGGAGCUCAUUCGCAGCAAGGAUAAGUCCAGUCCGAAGAAGAAGAGCAGCGACGACUCUGUCGAGGAAUCAAAGCCAAAGAAGUUCAAGGAGGGCGAAAAGGUCGAAGCGCAGUACAAGGGCAAAUCCAAGUUCUACCCCGGGGUGAUCGCAAGAGCUAGGCUCAACGGCACGUACGACAUCGACUACGACGACGGCGAGAAGGAGAAGGAGGUCGAUGGGAAAUUGAUCCGCUCGAAAGAAUCGUCGUCGCCCAAGAAAAAGAGUGGCGGGGAUUGGGAUGAUGAUAAGAAGCCCAAAAAGUUUAAAGAAGGGGACAAAGUUGAAGCCCAGUACAAAGGCAAAGACAAGUUUUACCCCGGAGUGAUUUCCAGGGCACGGCUCAAUGGCACGUACGAUAUUGACUACGAUGACGGCGAAAAGGAGAAGGAAGUCGAGGGCAAAUUGAUACGGCUCAAAGCGUCCAGUCCAAAGAAGAAGACCGAAGACACCACAGAAGACGAAAAGAAGUCCAAGAAGUUCAAGGAAGGCGAGAAAGUGGAGGCCCAGUACAAGGGCAAAGCCAAGUUUUACCCAGGGGUCAUCUCACGAGCUCGACUGAAUGGCACGUAUGACAUCGACUAUGACGACGGCGAGAAGGAAACGGGAGUGGCGGCGGAGCUCAUUCGAUCGAAGGACAAGUCCAGUCCGAAGAAGAAGAGCAGCGACGACACAACCGACGACGACGUCAAGAAGUUCAAGGAAGGCGAGAAAGUCGAGUGUCUGUACAAAGGCAAGACCAAGUACUUCCCUGGCGUGAUUGCACGGGCGAGGUUGAACGGCACAUACGACAUUGACUACGAUGAUGGCGAGAAGGAGAAGGAAGUCGCAGCGAAAUUGAUCCGCUCGCGUGAAAAGUCGAGCAGUCCGAAGAAGAAAGCCAACGACACUUCGGAUGACGACAACAAAAGGACGAGAAAGUUCAAGGAAGGGGAGAAAGUCGAGUGUCUAUACAAAGGCAAGUCCAAGUUUUACCCCGGCGUCAUUGCAAGGGCUCGAUUGAAUGGUACCUAUGACAUCGACUACGACGACGGCGAGAAAGAGACGGGUGUGGCGGCGGACAUGAUUCGCGCGAAGGAGUCGGCGACUUCAAAGAAACCGUCCGAGCCGUCUGGCGAGAACUACCGCGUUGGAACCAAGGUGGAAGCCCUUUACAAAGGAAAAACGGAGUGGUUCAAAGGCACCAUCUCGAAAGACCACGGCGACGGCAGAUACGAUGUCGAGUACGACGACGGCGAUAAAGAGGCCAAAGUUCCCGCCAAGAUGAUUCGUCCGGUGAAAAGCAGCGGCACUGGGCGGGCGAAUUUCCAAAAGCUCGUCGGCGGGACCAAAAAGUCCAAGAGUGGCAACAGCUCCGACUAACACCCCAUGUUAACUCAAGAAAUGAAGUGGAUGUGAUGAUGCAUUUAUUAACACUAACUUGUCCUCCUUUCAUGACC